UGAGUUUUAUAGAGAAAUAUCAAACGGCGUUUUCAAAGGACCAAUGCAUUGUCAUUCUUUCUUUCUUUUUCGUGCUGGGGUGUCGUUAAACAUUCAUUCAUUCAUUCUUUCUUUUUUUUAAUCAUGGCAGAUUAAAUUCAGCAAUGAGAUGGUUAGCACUGUGUUACCUGAGAAGAAAGGCCCAUUAUUUUGGCGUCUUCUUCACAGCUAUGGUUUUCCUAUAUGUCAUCCAUCUGAUACGUGUUACAUUAUAUUAUACUGGGAAGUUGUCAGUAAAAUACGGACAGCAUAGACUUGGCAUUUGGGACUGGAAAAAGAACGAAAACAGAUAUGUUCCGCAAAUAACUAGUACCAGAAAGACAGUAAAACAUGCUACGACUAAAACACCCACAAAGUCCACAGUUUCGUGCGCUGAACAAUUUUUGGCCACGUUUCAACGAGAGAAAAAAUUCGUUUACACUAUAUACACUGGGGGUAUGGGAAAUCUCAUGUUUGAAUAUGCGUCUGCUUACGGCAUAGCCAUUCGCCUGAACAGAACAUUGGUGGUUGAAAGAACAUCGAAAUUCAAUAGUUAUUUUCACCUUGACGCCAUCAGUAUUGACAAAUGCGUUGUCAAGGUAUCACAGGUAAAGAGAGUUUUAGCGAAAAGGUUUUGCUCGUUUGACGAGCGGCUUUUUCGUCUGCUUCCAGGUGAAAACUUUGUUGUCGGACUUUACCUCCAGUCUUGGAAAUACUUCGAGAACGUUGUGCCGCAACUGAAGAAACAGUUCACGUUUAAAACGCCAAUAUCCAACAGAGCUGAACGAAUCCUCAGAAAAGCCUCAGCCAAUUUCUUUAAAACACAACCUUCUGUCGGUGGCACUGCGAAAAACAUUACAUUCGUUGGCAUCCAUGUUAGACGGGGUGACAUUGUUAAAUUAAAUUACUUUAAGUAUUAUGGCUAUAAGGCCGCUCCUAAACAUUACAUAGACAAGGCCAUGAUGUAUUUUACUGAAAAAUUUAUAAAUGUUCUAUUUGUGGUGUGCUCCGACAAUUUAAGAUGGGUACAGGCUAACAUUAAACAUCCAAAUGUCGCAUUUGUACAUAGUCGUUCACCGGAAGUAGAUAUGAGCGUGCUCGUCCAAUGUAACCACACGAUCAUUACCGUUGGCACGUUUGGUUGGUGGGCUGGGUUUCUGUCAGGGGGCAUAACUCUAUAUUAUAAGUAUCCAGCUCGCGAAGAUUCUCAGUUAAGAAAAAUGUUCUCCGAAAACUAUUCAGAUUACUUUUAUCCAGGUUGGAUUGGAAUGGAAUAGAAGGAAGGAAGAAAAUGUAAACGUCAAAUUAAAUUACUGUGCAUGCCCAUUUGAAUCGAUGGGAAACCGCCCCCACGGUUUGGUGGUGGGGGUUGUUGUUUUGGUGGGUUUUGUUUUUGUUUUUGUAUGUGUUAUUCUAUAUUGAUAAAGAAGGAAGGAA